AGGGAGGCGGGAUCAAUGUGUGUGCGUAGUCGCUUCCAGCCAAUGGGAGCGCCAAAUGCUUCCACAGUCCGGAGCUAUAUAUUAAGGUUUGCUGCCUAGCUGUUUAUUGUUUUGUCGGAGGAGGUAUAUGUUGGAAAGUCAAGAUGAGGCUCGGUUUGAUUUUAUCUACACUGUGUGUGGCAGUUUUUGCUGCCCCAAGCUUGGACCCUCAGCUGGACAAGCACUGGAGUCUGUGGAAGUCUUGGCACAGUAAAGAUUACCAUAAUACUGAAGAGGGCUGGAGGAGAUUGGUUUGGGAGAAGAACUUGAAGAAGAUUGAAUUGCACAACCUUGAACACUCCUUGGGAAAGCAUUCCUAUCGCCUGGGAAUGAAUCACUUUGGUGACAUGACUAAUGAAGAGUUCAGGCAGCUCAUGAAUGGGUACAGACGACGAUCUGAGAAGAAACUCCAAGGUUCACACUUCUUGGAGCCCAACAACUUUGAGGCACCAAAGCAAGUUGACUGGAGAGCUCAGGGUUAUGUCACUCCUGUGAAGGACCAGGGUCAGUGUGGUUCUUGCUGGGCCUUCAGUGCCACUGGUGCCAUGGAAGGCCAGAUGUUCAGAAAGACUGGCAAGCUGGUAUCACUGAGUGAACAGAACCUGGUAGACUGCUCUCGUCCUGAGGGAAACGAAGGUUGCAAUGGUGGCUUGAUGGACCAGGCCUUCCAGUAUAUCAAUGACAACCAUGGCCUUGAUUCUGAAGUUUCUUACCCUUACCUAGGCACGGAUGACCAGCCCUGCCAUUAUGAUCCCAAUAACAGUGCUGCUAAUGAUACUGGUUUUAUGGACAUUCCCAGUGGGAAAGAACGUGCUUUAAUGAAGGCCGUGGCAGCUGUUGGCCCAGUAUCUGUUGCCAUUGAUGCAGGCCAUGAAUCUUUCCAGUUCUACCAGUCGGGAAUCUACUAUGAGAGAGACUGCAGCAGUCAGGAUCUUGAUCAUGGUGUCCUAGUUGUUGGCUAUGGUUUUGAGGGGCAAGAUGUUGAUGGCAAGAAGUACUGGAUUGUGAAGAACAGCUGGAGUGAAAAAUGGGGUGCUGAAGGAUAUAUCUACAUGGCCAAAGAUAGGAAGAACCACUGUGGGAUUGCAACUGCAGCAAGCUACCCUUUGGUGUAGCCUGCAUGUACUACAAGGUCACAUCCAUUGGGUUUUAAAGGGCCAUGCCUGAAUGUAGGCAGUUUAAUGGGAGUCCAUACUUUUGGUUUUUAGAAAUGGACUUGUAAAUAUUUACUCCUGAAUGUCUGCAGUCAUGGAUUCUGUUAAUGUACAAAGUGGCAUUUUAUACCUAUAAUUAAAGAUUUUUAAAUUGA